CUCUACUGAACUGAAGCUUCAACAUGCAUCUUAUCGUUACUACUGUACUCUCGCUGCUGUUCUUGUGCUGUCUGUGGGAAGUGGAAACACGCAAGGUCACCUCUACCCUCUCAGUAUCAAAUGGAGGACCAUGGGGAGAAUGGGGGAAACAGGAAUUCUGUCCCAAAGGCUACAUUAAAGGGUUUUCACUAAAGUUGCCAGAGAAGCAUGGAAGUUUGCACGAUGACACUGGUGUAAUUGCCAUUCGUGGGUAUUGUUCAGAUGGCUCAGCCAUCACAUCUUCAGUGGGCAAGGGUGGUACCUGGUCUGAGGAAAUUGCCUGCUGGCAUAGCUAUCUGAAUGCAUUCUCACUCCGAGUGACAAAACCCCAAGGAUCAUUUCAAGAUGAUACAGCAGUCGACAACAUCAAGUUUAAAUGCUCAGUUGGAAGUGGCGUGGAAGGAGAUGGACAAGCAUGGGGUAAAUAUGGGGAAUGGAGUGAGGCCUGCAAAGAGGGUAACAUAUGUGGGAUGCAAACAAAGGUGGAGAAACCAACAUGGCCGCAAACGAUGGAUCGUACUGAACUCAAUGAUGUAAAGUUUUUCUGUUGCAAAUAAAUAUUGGC